AUGAUCCGUCUUGAAGGAAGAGUCAGCAUGCGGUUGUGCUUAGAGUGUGAUGGUCCCAAUCCUGAGUACAAAUGUCAGGACUGCUUCGGGUCAGAGCUUCAUUGCUCAACUUGUAUUUUGUCAGUCCAUGCGCACCACCCGCUUCACCGAUUGCAGAAGUGGAACGGUCAAUACUUCGAGCGAAUUUCUCUGAAAGCCCUGGGCCUCCGCAUUCAGCUUGGUCACAUCACUGGCCGGCAAUGUGUCAAUCCUCACCGUGCUUUUAAUGACGAUUUUGUCAUUAUCGACAUCUUCGGUAUACACGAAGUGUCACUCGACUUCUGCGGUUGUGCAAUAGCCGAAAGUCGUAUGCAACAGCUACUUCGAAUGUCAUUAUUUCCUUCAACAACCUCAGAUCCAAAAACUGCUGCAACAUUCCGCGUUCUGGAGCAGUAUCACCUGCUCUCGUUUGAGUCAAAAAUAUCUGCCUAUGAAUUUUAUCAUGGACUUCGCCGGAUGUCUGACAACACCAGUCUACUUCUCAUUAAGGAUCGAUACAAGUCGUUUAUGCGGAUGAUUCGUGAAUGGCGUCACCUGAAGAUGCUCAAACGCUCAGGGCGAGGUCACGAUCCGAAGGGUGUAGAAGCGACAGCUCAAGGUGAAUGUGCUGUAUUGUGCCCAGCUUGUCCACAUCCAGGGAAGAACCUUCCAGAUAAUUGGAAAGAUGCACCUCGACGUUGGCUCUACGGAUUGUUCCUUGCUAUCGAUGCAAACUUCCGGUUGAAACGCAAGGCUGUCUCGAAUGACAGCGUGGACCCAAGCCUGAGUUCUGGGUGGGCCUAUUUCGUGGAGGAUGAAGCUUAUAAGGGCUUCUUGGACAGCAAUUCGGACAAUACCCAAGAGAAAUCAACAUGCUCAAGUCACAACGCUGUGAACAUGGCGGACACAAAAUCUAAUUGUGGACUUGCUGCCACAGGUUUAGGUACUGUUGACUGUGCCCGCCACAACAUGAAACGGCCCAACGCUGUUGGAGAUCUCCAAAAGGGUGAAAGAUAUGUCAACAUGGAUUAUUUAUUCUUCUCAACGCUGCGCCACACUGUAAUCGACACUCUGAAUGUAUCUUACGAUAUCGCGUGCCAGUGGCACAAAAAAUUAUGGCACCGUAUGAGCACAUUUCCAGUCUCAAUGCACCUCCUGCCCACUUUCAAAACUAUCUCUUUUUUCAUCCCAAAGUUCCACCUUCCUGCUCACAUCGAGGAGUGUCAAACCUCAUUCUCGUUCAAUUUUAAGAGUGGGGUCGGUCGGACUGAUGGAGAAGCACCCGAGCGUGGCUGGGCCAAUAUCAACCCCGUCGCUUCAAGUACUAAAGAGAUGGGUCCUGGUGCACGGCGAGACACCCUUGACGACUACUUUGGAGACUCAAAUUGGAAAAAGGUAGUUAAACUUGGUCAUACUAUGCUUCACAAGAUGAAGGAUGCAUUACCGGAGCGGCAGGAUCAUCACGAAGCCCUUGAUGACCUUGAAGAAGGUUUGAGAGGUGAAUAUAGUGCCGCUCUCGCCCAGUGGAGAGAACAGGUGGAGGCUUGGGAGCGUGACCCUGCAAAGCCAAAUCCUUUCGAACGAAGGGCGGAAACUGUCACUAUGGCUUCUGUGCGACUGGAACUGGCUAGGGAUGACCAGAAUGAUAUUCAAACAGGGACUUGCCUUGUGCUACACGAGGACUGUACUCCUAGUGUAUUGAUCAGUACCAGCUUAGAACUCGAGGAACAACAACGGCGAAUGAAAGCUGACAGAGCCGGCCUCAGAGUUCACGCAACAGACAAUCAAGAAGGGAAGAUGCUUCAGCGGAAUAACACUCUGCAACGCAGGAUCGACACCUGGACUAAAUUACAGGAACUAUACAUGCCGUCGCUCGCUGCACUACGUGUCAGCGAGAGUUCAGUAUCUGGUGGCAUAGCCACUGCAGUAGCUACACCAGAAACCGUCAAACUCUGGCUACCAUCCCAAAUCGGCAAGACAGCACCUUGUGACACCCGCCUCCAAACCAUCGAAUGGAAGCUCCAGUAUGCGCAAGCUCACGAUGCACUCCGUUCCCUACGUUCAAACUUGCAUCGCAACCUUCGUGGACAAGGUGCGAAUACGAGGGCACGGAAUACACUCAAAGCUGUUGAAGCAAGGCUUGAGGCUGCCGCCAGCACGUAUGAGCGUGCCCAUAAGGCUCUCGUGAUUGGGUGGCACUCCUCACUGCGGCCACUAAACCGAGCGGAUAUCCGCUCGAUGACAGAUCUAUUAUGGGGGGAAUCAGAGGGGACAAGAAAACUAUCUUGGAUCUGGAAUAUGCGAGGAGCUGCACCUGACGAGAUGGACAAGGACAAUGCUUUGGAAGGCGAGUACUUUUUUUUUGUUUUGGAAGCUUCAAGCCUAAGGGCACGGGCGAUGCGCUGGGCUGAAGAGGUGGAGCUGCUGAAGGAAGAGAUGCGGAGGAUCCUACAAUUUUUCGAAUGGGAUGCGCAAUGCUGGGACGAGCGAGGGCUAGAAGAUGCCUUACACGACGUGGAUGAUGAUGAUGAGCGCGAGGGACUGAUAGCAUAUGCCAAACGUCAAGCUUCGUUAUGUCGAAGGCUCGCUGAGUCCUUCAGGACUAGUUGGACUGACACCUUGGCACUGGCGGACAUAUUCAACCACUCACUCGUCACUCAGCAAGACAUGGACAUUGAUUGA